UAUUCAAAUCAUCCCAGUAACCAUUAUGUACAUAAACCUGAAGCGUACAGAAAUUUUACAAUCUCUUUAAUUCAUCUUGAGUAAAUAGUUCAUAAAAAUAUGAAAAGUUUUAACUUUAUUUUAAUUGGUCAUUAUUGAGCGACAAUCUGGAUAUAUAAUUCGAGGCAGUGAUAAAGAUGCAGACGAGUCAUAAUAAUAGCGAGGGCAUCAGCGUCGUGGGGAAAUCCAGCCUUAGAACUUGUCUCAUGAUUCUAAUUCUAUUAAAUGCCAGCUCAAUCCUGUUGACCACGGUUACUGUGAAUUGGUGGAUGUACACGAUAUUAAAGGAACAGCUCCCUACAGAUCUUAAUCUCGGGAGCAGGACGACUAUCUCGUUAUUUGUCGUAUUCACCUGCGUGUUACUCAUGGUUGCAAGUAUGGCAGAAAUUCUUCUGGUAUAUUCGUUCUGGACGAGUACAUUAUUCGGAACCGAUGCCCAGGAAACGAUUCGGAAGGCAAAAAAAUGGAUAGUAAUACUUCUCCUGAACAGUAUUGUUAUUCUUCUACCACCCAUCAUUUAUUGGACGAAAUUCCUGGGAACCGUACUGAUUGGGAGUUUUGUCUUGAAAGUGGUAUCGGUGUUAGGGACUUGGUUAUUUAUUGGGAAAUUGGGCCUGGAUAGGGUGGUGAAUAUGCAAAAUACUCAAAUUGGGAUAUGCAGUGAGGCUACUUUAGUAUGAUGAAAACAGUGGCAGAGGAAGCUGGGGGACAUUGUGCACCAAGACAUUCAUAAAAAUGUUAUCUUAAGAAGACUCUCGUAUUAAAUUUCCGAAUGGAGUAUGUACAUACAACUUAAGGUUUUCGUUUUUGUGGAGAGUAUCUAAUAAGUUUGUACCUGUUAAAUUAUGUCCAGUUACGGCCAUAACGUGUGAAUAAACUGAGGAAUGAUUUAUCUAUGUAUUUAUGUACGUAUGUAAAUAGUUUAUGGGUUGUUUUAUGCACUUGAUAAUGCUCAGCAAAUAUUAUCUGUUAUGAAAUAAAUAUUUAUA